AUGGUGACGGCCUUCGGGUCCGGUGCGCAGCGCGUCAACAUGUCCGGGGUCGAUAUGGUGGGCCGCGCGACGAUGGCCGUGCUGCGCGACCCGGGGCGGUUUCGCGAUCGGCCCGCGUACUUUGCGGAUUUCACGGUUAGCUCGAAGGACUUGACGCACCAGACGCAGGAGGACAAGGUGGGCGAGGAUGAUGGUCGCGCGUGGACCGCGAAUCCCGCGCGUUGGAUGGAUGGCUGGAGUUGGCCCGGGGCCUCUGGGAUCGUUCGCGGACGGGGUCCAGGAUCGGUCAAAACGCGGGCGUAUCAGAUGCUGGGUACGUAUGGGUUCUUCGAGGAGCGGAAUUGGUCCAAAGCGGACUUCAGCGAUAGGGUUGAGGCGGGGUUUGGGAAGGAUAGGGAGUGGCUCUCUGCCCUGGCUCGUGUCUCGCGAGAGCUCAAUGAUCUCGUCAAUCCUUAUCUCUACCACACGGUCCGCUUGCAUAGCCCCGGGCACAUCGAUGCCCACGACAUACUCCUAAUGAAGCUGGACACGCUUGCCCACCCCGAAUUCAACAAAAUGGGGUUCAUCAAGCGAGUGAUCGUGUCAGGGACCUGGUAUUCGACGUAUGCCUCGAUCGAUUCCUGGCUAGCGCCGAAGAGAAUCCUCUCCCCAGCAGCCCGGUUGCUUAGCAGUCUCCUAUGCAGCUGCGUAGUCCGUAUGCCGAACCUGGAGGAAUUCGUUUGGGAUAUGCAGGUCUCCCUAACCCAGUACCUGGUCUCGAAUGUCGUCCUGCGGCCGAUGCUCCGGACUCUCCAGCUGCGCAUGGGCACCGACUGCACCCCCAAGCCCUUCUUCCGACCCCCGCUGAACAUGAAGCUCUCGAUGAGCCUGACGGUGCUUUCCCUCGUGCAGGUGGACGACGCGGAGGUGAUGAGAUCGGCGGGAGCGGCGGUGGCGAGCGCGACGAACCUGCGGGAGCUCACGAUCUGGGCGGAUAAUAAUUCCGGGAUCAGCGUCAGCACCCUAUUCGAGAGCUGGCCCACACAUCUGGCCUCGCAACUCCACCUGCUAGACCUGCGCGGCUUCGCUGCCCUAGGGGUCACGCCUGCCGACUUCUGGGCCAUGCUGCGACCAUCCAAACUCACCACCGUCACCCUGGACUUUCUCGACCCAAACUCGCUCGCCACCACCGUCCGAAACUUCUGGGACGCCGGGCUCGAGGCGGACUUCCGCCCUGUGCGACUCACCACCAAUAUCCUCGACAACUCGAUCGACGGAUUCCUGCGCGCCUUCAGUGGGCUGGAGGCUUUCCAUGGCAUCCCGAUCCGCGGCCAAACGUCCAGUCAGCUGGUGGCCUGUGACUCGCUCUUGGAGGUGCUGGAGACGCAGCAUGGUGCCACCUUGAAGGUGCUGGGUCUGAGCCUGCCGUGCCACGAGGACCGACCCUGCUCCUGCGCAAAGUUGCUGACCCUGAUUGCAUCGAGGUUUCCGCAAUUGGAAGAGCUUCGCAUCCGACAAGAUAAGGUCGACCUGGAAGCCAUCCAGUCCGCCCUCUCCCUCCCCAAACUGCAAGUCCUUUACAUCGACAUCAAAGACGACUUUUCGGCGCCCACUUCGGAAUUCCUGUCCGUCGCCGAAGGUCCCCUGCGCGAGGGCGCCGGGAAAGAGCUGCGAUAUCUUGCCUUCAGCGACGACACCACGUACGAAUACUUGAGGGAGGAGGGCAGUUUCUCGAACGCGCCAUCUCUCGUCGGGUAUAUCCGGGGUACUGUCUUGCUCCAUGAGAAGAUGUAUGACUGGGUCGGGACUGCAGUGUGAAAAGGGGAGGGGGAAAGGAAAACAAAAACAAAC